CGCGGCCACGUCCUCGACGGUGGGCUCGGGCGGUGACAAGAACCCGGGCAGCGAAAAGAUGAUUCUGACGCGAAGGCAAGCCAAUAUUUCCUGGCAAUGAUUGAUGCAAUCCGGGCGUAGGACCGGCUUCGUCGAGAAUAGGAGGGCGCGCCACUUAGCGCCAAUUCAAGCCAACGACAACCGACACGCGCAGCUCGAUGCAAAGAAUUGCCGGUCUUUCUAGUGUCUUACAUGCCGCUAGCUAAUCUGUGGCGCUGUGUUUUGACGACGUCUAGCCACGAUCCCCGGCACACGCUGUUUUGCGACGGACGCAAACGUUGUUUCACAGAGCUUCGCUGUUCGAUUCGGUGCGUCUCGAGCCCGUGCAGCGCCAAUAGCCGCAGUGCAAGCAUCGCAAGCCAUGGCACGCUACUGAACACAGCGAUGCCGGUCGACUGGGACCACCGCUAUUCAUCCACGGGGAAAUAUGUGUACGGCAAGGACCCGAACGCAUGUGUGGUAGAAGCCGUUGCGAAAAGAUGGCUGCCUGGUCAAGGCCGCGUGUUGUUGAUCGGCGAGGGCGAAGGCCGCAACGCCGUCUAUCUGGCUUCGAAAGGCUUCGAGUGCGUCGCCAGCGAUCCCUCUAAAAAAGCGCUGGAGAAGGCGGAGAGGCUCGCUACUGCUAGAAAUGUUCGCAUACAAACCCUAAAAGCGGACGCUAUGGGCGCCUUGGCCACCGGGCCGUACGAUGUCAUAGUGAGCGUCUUCUGCGCCUAUAGUACGGCCGACGAGCGAAAGGAGGCCCACGCUAUGAUAGGAAAGGCGCUGCAGCCGGGCGGGCGCUACCUCUACGUCGGCUUCGGUAGUGAACACAUACAUGUGCAGAACGCGGUGCCCGGUCCUACUACCGACCGCCUCGCCUCCAUCUCCACGAUACGGGAGGAGCUCGGCCUCGACGUCGUCGACGCGUGCGAGCGUGAGCGGGACCUGUUUGAGGGGUCGUUCCAUCGCGGCCGCGCCUCAAUCGCGGUCGUGUGCGCGUCCGUGCCGCAACGAAGGCCCCAGCGGCUCAUGUUCGCCGCCGCCGUCGACCAGUGCGCUUCUUGUCCUGAUACAACUUUCGAGACGGGCGAUGCCCUACUAGACAAGGCGCCGGAAUUAGCCCGAUGUACAAUGAGACACGCCGCGAAGACGUGCGGCAUGUGCUGGUCGCGGCCCUGUGCGUGCGCCGAGCUGUUCGACGCGCCCGUCGAAUGCUCGCCCAAAUUAGUCGUCGUGGCGCACCCUUCUGAGUUAAUGAGGACGACGGCCUCGGCUCCUUUAAUACCGAUGCUGCUCCAGCGCGCUUCCUUUACGGUCUGGGGCGUCCAUACUGGUGAAGUGGAUAGUGCCCUACAAAGUGGCGCUUCCGUACUCUUUCCUAGUGAUGAAGCGGUCACCAUAUCACCAGCAACGUGGCGCGGGACAGUCCUAAUCCCAGACGGGUCCUGGCAGCGUGCCCAGGCUGUGGUCGAUGCUUUAGAGAAGCGGGCAUCGUUCCUGGGUCUACCGAAACCGAAACGUCUACAAUUGUCGGAGGCGUCGAUCAAAAGCAUGCACUCGCCUCUCGUCGACGCUUUACACGAAGGCUCCGGCCCGGGCCGCUGCUCGACGGCGGAGGCCGUCGCAUUGGCUUGUAAGGAAGGCGGCGACGAUGAAGCUUGUAGCAUGUUGACCGAAGCUACGAAGCGCCUCGCCUCGAAAAUCGCGACGUCUUUACCAAAGCCGCCGCCGUCGCGGUCGAGCCAGGGCCUCCCGCCGCGGGCCUACGACGAAAAGGCCUGGGUCAACGCCCUCGCGGGACCGGCCCGGGUGGCGCCCUUGGUCAACGGCGUGCGGAGGUGUGUGGUAUGUGGCGCGGGCCUGGCGAGGGCCGACGCCCUAGCAAACCACGUGCGCGGGCAACGUCAUAGAGCGUGCGUGGCGCGCAACGCCUUUGAUGACGGGGCUAUUGUUGGACCGCCUUGCAACGAGUCCGCGGCCAAAGUCUUCCGGGACUUUAGUACAAUACCGCUAUCGGACGCGCCGCGCGAACCGCCCGACGUCGCGCUCGCGGAAGUAAUUUUGUAAACUAGCCUGCGCCGAUGGCGCAAUGGCG